GUCUUCACAGGUCCAUGGCGGUGUCUGUCUCUGUUGUUCUGUGCAGUUUGUCUCCGUGAGAUGUGCGCGUUUCCCUCCGGUGUUUCCGCUGUGUUUUCGUGCGUAAAAUGGUCCGACCAAAGACAGCGGAGAAUGAGGAGGACCAGAGGAGACAGGAGCUCGUGGGAAACCAGGAAAUCCCACAGACCCUCCAGAUUAAACAGGAGCCUGAAGAGCAGGACGUCAAACAGGAGGAAGAGCAGCUGCAGCUGUCUGUCUCUGAGUCCAGUACUGUGUGUGUGAAGACAGAAGAGUCGUCACAGGGAGAGGACAUCAGCUCAGAGACACUUGUCCACACACAGACAGAGGGAGACACAGGGCACUCUUCUGACACUGACAAUGAUGACGACUGGGGAGUUCCAGUCAGCUAUUCAAUUUGUGUCCAGAUCCCCCCUUUGAGUCCUGGUCCCUCUCUGAACCAGGAAAUCCCUGAGACUCCACAGAUUAAAGAGGAGCCAGAAGAACAGAGCGUCAAACAGGAGGAAGAGCAGCUGCAAGUGUCUGUCUCUGAGUCCAGUGCUGUGUGUAUGAAGACAGAAGAGUCGUCACAGGGAGAGGACAUCAGCUCAGAGACACUUGUCCACACGCAGACAGAGGGAGACACGGGGCACUCUUCUGGCACUGACAAUGAUGACGACUGGGGAGAUCCAAUGAGUUAUUCAGUCUGUGUCCAGAUCCCACCUUUGAGUCCUGGUCCCUCUCUGAACCAGGAAAACCCUGGGACUCUCCAGAUUAAAGAGGAGCCAGAAGAACCGAGCGUCAAACAGGAGGAAGAGCAGCUGCAGCUUGGAAAAAAGCGAUCCAUGGUCUGGGAACACUUUGAUCUAACUAAACCUAACAAGGUACGGUGUAUGCUCUGCACACAAGUAUUGUCUUACACUAACAAUACUUCAUCGAUGCUGAGACACCUGCGUGCCAGGCACAAUACUGACCAGAGCCAGCCGUCCACCACAGGCCCCAGCAACAGUGGCCAUUAUCCUGACAUGUCUAAAAAGAUGUUAGAUGAGGCCAUUGUUGACAUGAUUAUUAAAGAUGGACAACCGUUUUCGAUGGUUGAAGGAGAGGGAUUCACCAACCUGCUAAAAAUAUUGGAUCCUCUGUACAAAGUUCCAUGCCACAAAACUGUAAAAACAAUGGUGGAAGAACGCUACCAACAAAAGAAAAAGAAGGCCGAAGGAGAGUUAAAGAAAGCUUCUGCUGUCAGUUUGACCGCAGACAUGUGGACAUCCAGAAAUAUGGAUGCAUACCUGGGUGUGACCUGUCAUUAUCUUUCUGACAACUUUGAAUUAUCAACUAUACUUUUAGGGGUACAGUACUUUCCCGUGACCCACACAGCAGCUCAUAUUACAGAAGCAGGAUCGACAAUGAUGGCCGAGUGGGGAAUAGCUGAUAAAGUGUGUGCCAUGGUUACUGAUGGGGCCCGCAACAUCGUGGAAAGUGUCAAUUGUUUAUCAAUUCAAAAUAUUCAUUGUUUUGCUCACUUGUUGAAUCAUGUUGUAAAAAAAUCUAUUUCCCAAACGUCCGAGCUGGAUACAAUGCGCAGCAAAGCUCGCAAAAUUGUUGGCCACUUUAAAUCAAGCUGUACAGCAAAGAAGAAGCUGGCUAUCACUCAAUCCAACAUGGGCAUGCCACAGGUGAAGCUGGUCCAGGAGGUAGAAACCAGGUGGAAUAGCACCUUUGCCAUGUUUCAAAGGAUGUAUGAGCAGAGGGAACCACUAGGCGCUGCCCUUGCAUCCCUGACAUCAACGUCCAAUUUAACAUCAUUUAGCGCUGAGGAUUAUGAUGCAAUAAACCAGUGCUUAAAGGUGUUGAGGCCAUUCAACCAAGCAACAGCGGAGUUGUGUGGGGAGGCCAGAGUAUUGGGGUCUAAAGUCAUACCCAUUACAAAAAUGUUAACUCAUGCAAUUACUGUUGAGUGUAACCAAAUGGAUGAUGGUGUUGGAGCUAUACUAGCCACCCACCUAAAAAAUAAUGUAAAAGAAAAAAUGAGCGGCUUGGAGAAAGUCACCUCCCUGUCGUUGGCAACUAUACUGGAUCCACGUUUCAAAGAAGUUGCAUUUUGCAGCCCAUCCAAUGCACAGGCUGCUGUUGAAAGACUGUCACGGGAAUGUGCCAGCUUGAUUGAACUCAGGACUCAGGGUGAAGUUCAACCACAGCCCUCUCCAGCCCCAAGUGACGAUAACAAUCUGUGGGCUUUACUGGACAGCCAUGUUGUUGCUCAGCAAACCAGCCGUGCAUCUCACAGUGCCACUGAGGAAAUCCAAAGAUACUUGAAGGAACAACAUAUUCCCAGAUGCGAGGACCCCUUAAAAUACUGGGAAUCACAUAAAAUACAAUAUCCUAAUCUGUGGAGACUGGCUCAAAAAUAUCUUUGUAUACCUGCAUCCUCUGUUCCAUGUGAGAGAAUUUUUUCCAAAGCUGGUGAGUUAGUGAGCCGAAGAAGAUGUAGACUAAAGCCUUCAACUGUGGAAAAACUUCUAUUUCUUAAUAAAAACAUGUGAUAUAUAAA